GCCUCAUCAGCAUGCCCCACCCUGGAUGAGCUCACAAAGGCUGUGGGAGGCCUGGAGACGGGGUGGGGGGCAGUGAUCCAGGCACCCAGAGAACAAAAUCAUGGAGUCUUCCAAGGUCUUCAUGAGACAGAUGCCAAUCACACCAGGCUACAGUGGCUUCGUGCCGUUCCUGAGUUGCCAGGAAACCUCCAGUGAGGAUAACGUGGAGCUCUGUCUGCAAACCUUCCGGGAGAACACGCAGCGGUAUAAGGACCAGCUGGAGGAAUUUCGCUGUGCAGUGGCCACCGCGCCGAAGCUGAAACCCAUCAGCUCCGAGGAGACCGUCCUGCGGGCACUGCAUGAAUACGCCCGGCGAUACCACCCCUUGACUCUGGAAUGUAAGAAUGUGAAGAAACCUCCCCACGAGCCCCCGAUCCCUGGCUGGGCGGGCUUCCUGCCCAGAGCCAGGGUCACUGAGCUGGGCUGUGCCACGAGGUACACUGUCAUGGCCAAAAACUGCUACAAAGACUUCCUGGACAUCAAGGAGCGGGCCAAGAGGGCACGUGAGAAAUCCUACAAGGAACUAUACGGAGGUGGCUCUGCACAGCCUCCUGCUCCUUCUCCCGAAGUUCUGCAGCGUGAGGGGCCGCUGGCCAAGUACCCAGACUUCUCCAGUUCAGGUGGAAGCUGCCCUGCUCUUGGAAGACCCCAGAGCAAGGACUCCAAACCUCCAGUGACUUGUGGCUGUGCUUAUAAACCAAAUACAUGGAGCAACAGGAAGAUUCAUCUGGAGCCACUGUCCUCAGUGAAGUACGCUGAGGGCUAGAAGCCUGCGGUCUCCCAAGGAGAGGGGAAGGGGCACGCUGUCCAAGCCUGCUGUCCUGGCCUCACAACAAGCCUCUUGCCCACACCCCAGUGGGCAACAAGGAAAUUGAGCAACAAGAACUCUUUACUGCUGUCUGCCUUGGCAAUGUCAUGACGUUAAUGAUAAAGGCCUUCUGUGGUCCUGUGGGGAUAAAGAGAAUACUUUUCAGAGUGCCA